AUGUCAAUUAUAGAGAGAUUAUAUAGAGUGGUUAUGGUAAUGAGAGAGAAGCAAAUUCAAGAUAUUAUUACGACCAAGGAAAAUGAGAGCCCAGAAAUGGAAAUCGAUAACAACGCAACGCAUUCACAUUUAGUUCCUAAUCGAUUACAACAAAUUCAUCUUCCUCAUGAAAAAAUAAAAUUCACCUUUUAG